UGGAGGAGCAGCGGGUCUGCCGAACCGAACCGAACCCCCCCCGUCCUGGUAACGAUGCCCAGCGGGCUGCAGGUCUGAAGCCUCUCCUGCACCCCGCCCUGAAACCAGACCCCCCUUCAGGCUGCAGCAUGGAGCGGUCCGGCAGCAUCCAGCUGGACAUCCCGGACUUCAGUAACUCGGUUCUGUCUCAGCUGAACCAGCUCCGGGUUCAAGGUCGUCUCUGUGACAUCGUGGUCAACGUUCAGGGUCAGAGCUUCCGGGCUCACAAGGUGGUCCUCGCCGCCAGCUCGCCGUACUUCCGGGACCACAUGUCUCUGGGCCAGAUGAGCACCGUGUCGCUGACGGUGAUCCGCAACCCGUCGGUGUUCGAGCAGCUGCUGUCCUUCUGCUACACGGGCCGCCUCUGCCUGCAGCUCGCCGACAUCAUCAGCUACCUGACGGCCGCCAGCUUCCUGCAGAUGCAGCACAUCAUCGACCGCUGCACGCAGAUCCUGGAGGGCAUCCACCUGAAGAUCAGCCUCGCCGACCUGGACGAGGAGCCGCGGGAGGACGAGGCGGCGGCGCGGGGCUCCAGGGGUACUAGGACCCUGGAGGCCGUGGUGCGAGCGGGCGGUCAUCACGCUGGCCUGAGGCUGCUCGGCGCGCGGGGGGGUGCGGAGGUGUGCGAGGCGGUCAGCCCCGCCGAGGAGCCUCUCAGCCCGCCGCCGACGGUGGAGCACAGCGGGCUGGAGGAGACCGGGGUCUCCGGCAGAGCGGGCAAAGAACCGAUCCUUCGCAUCAACCGGGCCGGUCAGUGGUACGUGGAGACGAGCAGCGAGCCGGAGCGGACGGGCAGCGCCGAGGAGGGCGGCGGCGGCAUGGACCGAGUACGGAUCAAGACGGAGAGGAUGGAGGACUGGAUCGGAGCGGGGGAGCACCAGGAGGAGGACGGGGGGGCGGUGGAGGAGGGGACCACUGUGAUGAUCGACACCUCGGGACGCAGCACGCUGGUGACGGGGCCCGUGGGGGCUCUGGGGACCCGGAGCGCCCAACCGUCCUCCAGCUUCAGCGAGACAGACAGGUUCAGUCCCACUGGCAGCGUGGUCGUCCUGGCGGAGCGGCAGAGGGCGAAGAGCGAGUCUCCCAGCAGGGCGGACGAGCUGCGACAGCCGAGCUCCCAGGGGGAGGAGCAUGCAGCGUUCGAUAUGGGUGGCUACGAGGACUACCUGAGGGAGCAGGUGGGAGACCGCUGGUACCGCUACAACCCGCGGCUCACCUGCAUCUACUGCUGCAAGUCCUUCAACCAGAAAGGCAGCCUGGACCGCCACAUGCGGCUGCACAUGGGCAUCACGCCGUUCGUCUGCCGCAUCUGCGGGAAGAAGUACACCCGCAAGGACCAGCUGGAGUACCACAUCCGCAAGCACACUGGCAACAAGCCCUUCCACUGCCACGUCUGCGGCAAGAGCUUCCCCUUCCAGGCCAUCCUCAACCAACACUUCCGCAAGAACCACCCGGGCUGCGCCCCCCAGGAGGCCCACAGCGCCUCCCCCGAGACCACCACCGCCUCCGUCACGUCCAGGGGCGGGCCGAGCGACGAGGCCUCCCCCAGCCAGGAGGAGCCCGAGGGCGGGAGCAGCAGCGGCGGCGGAGGCCCGUACGGCGAGGGUCCCCAGGCCUCGGUGUCCACCACGGGGCCCGACUGAGCCCCGAGGGAGGCCGGAGGGAAGGGUCCAGGUCGGGGUGGGGGUCGACCAACCGCGCCGGAUGCACCUGAAGCCAACGGGACGCUGAAGUCACAGCGGCGACAGAAAGGACGCCUCCGAGUCCGAACUGAGAUUUUUUUCCGCUUUAAACCGCAUCUACCUUCACUAACCAAACGGAACCGAUUAAGCUAAAUGAAGAAAACGCCACACACACUCCAACAACCUCACACAGCACCGACUGCGUGCUCCUCGUCUGCCUCGCCUACGUUACGUUACAGAGUUCUACUUUUAUAUUUACAGGUGUUACAGGUUCACAAUGCAGCAUCACAGCAGUCUGUCCGGUGCCAAACGACUCAGUGCCAGUUCAACCGAUCCAACCCGUCAUGUUUGCCUUGAGACAAUCUGGAGCCGCUCGGUUAUUAACCAUAAUAAUAAUAAUAAUAAUAAUAAUAAUCCGGCGCUCGUUAAAGUGCCACGACGGCACAAAAAGGUUCAAUGAGAAAAAAACUACGACUGUUAAAGUUCAGUUCUGGUGUGAUCCGAGUUCCUCAUCUCCACCAACAUCAGAACCAACAUCAGAACCAACAUCAGAACCAGCAUCAGAACCAACAUCCCAACCAACAUCACAACCAACAUUAGAACCAACAUCAGAGCCAACUUCACAACCAACAUCACAACCAACAUCCCAACCAACAUCACAACCAACAUCAGAACCAACAUCAGAGCCAACAUCAGAGCCAACAUCAGAACCAACAUCACAACCAACAUCACAACCAACAUCAGAACCAACAUUAGAACCAACAUCACAACCAACAUCACAACCAACAUCACAACCAACAUUAGAACCAACAUCAGAGCCAACAUCAGAACCAACAUCACAACCGACAUCAAAACCAACAUCACAACCAACAUUAGAACCAACAUCACAACCAACAUCACAACCAACAUCACAACCAACAUCAGAACCAACAUCAGAACCGACAUCACAACCAACAUCAGAACCAACAUUAGAACCAACAUCACAACCGACAUCAAAACCAACAUUAGAACCAACAUCACAACCAACAUUAGAACCAACAUCAGAACCGACAUCACAACCGACAUCACAACCAAAAUCAGAACCAACAUUAGAACCAACAUCACAACCGACAUCAAAACCAACAUUAGAACUAACAUUAGAACCAACAUCACAACCGACAU